AUGGCCGAUGGCAACAUCGCCCUCUGGGCGCAAGCCACCGCCAUCCAGAGCGUCAAGGCGCUCAUCCCCAUCACCCUCGACCUGAAGGCGUCCAACUACUCUAAGUGGCGUAACAUGGUCAACAUCGCCGUCCACACCUACGCCCUCGCCGACCACCUCACCACGGCCGUCGCUCCGGCCGAUGAAGAAUGGCUCCGCCUCGACUCCACCGUCCUGCGUUGGCUCUAUGGCUCCAUCGCCCCGGACAUCCUCGACAUGGUCAUGAUGGCGACCACGUCGGCCUACAGCGUCUGGACGCGCAUCGAGGCCCUCUUCCGCGACAACCAGCAGGCUCGCGCCGGCUACCUCGGGCAGAAGUUCCGCAACCUGGAGCAGGAGGGUAAGUCCAUCACGGCCUACUGCCUCGAGCAGAAAGCCGUCGCCGACGCGCUGGCGGAUGUCGGCGCCCCGGUCACUGACGACGCCCUCGUCUGGAACGUCCUCAAGGGCCUUGACGAGGCCUACGACAACGUGGCUGCCCUCGUCCCGCUCCUCACGCCCUUCCCAUCCUUCCUCCAGCUCCGGAACAUGCUUCUUCUCCAGGAGCUGAAGCCUCAUCAUGGCGGCCGCGGUGGACCGUCGAACGCCACCGCCCUCUACAGCAACACGGGCGGUGGUGCUGCACCUGGCCCUCGUGGCCCUACACCUCCACGCCCUCCACCACCAAGCUUUGGCGCCCCUCCAGCUGGCGGCUACGGUGCUCCGGCGCCCUACAACACCGUCAAGAACAAGGGGAAGAAGAAGAAGGGGCCUGGUGGGUAUGGCGGUGGUGGGUACGGCACUGCACCACCCUGCCCCACCCCGUACAAUCCAUGGACGGGGGCCAUCUACAUGUACCCCAUGGGCAGCAACGCCGGCAUCCUCGGCCCCCGCCCUGCCGCUCCUCCACCACGCCCCGUCGCCCACGGCUUCACGGCAACACCGCAGCCUCAGCUGCCCUACCACCCGCAGCAGCUGCACUACUACGGCGCGCCCGCCCCUGCCUACCAGUACGCGCCGGCCCCGACAGCACCCCACGCCACUCCGUCAUGGGACACCGCCGCCCUCAUCAACCAGCUCAACACGAUGACCCUGCAGCCACCGAUGGAGUGGCACAUGGACACGGGCGCCUCCGCACACAUGUCCUCGGAUGCGGGACCUUCAUACCAAGGCCGUGAUCCUUCGGUGUAA